AUGCCCUUGCCACUAGUACCAGACUCUGCAACGCCCGUCUCGACAACCCCGAUACGACCCCGUACAGCAUCGGGCACGAUUCCUCGACCUUCGUUCGGCAGGAACACCCUCGCGCCGUCUCUCCAAACCACCCCUAUUGAACAAGUGGUCAACGUGAUCGAAGCAUCAAAGAGGCUGGCUGCCUGGACGGCUGUUGAUAAACAUAUCCUCCCCGAGCAUAAAGUCAUUGGUAUUGGCUCUGGAUCGACGGUGCCGUAUGUGGUAGAACGAAUUGUGGCGCAGGGCAAGGAGCUCAAUAAGGACCGUGUGUUCAUCCCUACAGGCUUCCAAUCCAAGGAGCUUAUCGUUCAAUCUGAUCUGCGACUCGGGGAUGUAGAUCAGUAUCCCACCAUAGAUGUCACCAUCGACGGAGCAGACGAAGUCGACGAGCACCUGAACUGCAUCAAGGGCGGAGGUGCAUGCCAUCUUCGUGAGAAGGUCCUUGCCGAGGCUGCCAUGACAUUCGUCGUUGUGGCAGACUACCGCAAGAAUUCCCUGCUCCUCGGAACAAAUUAUAAGCAAGGGGUACCAAUCGAGGUGGCGCCGUUCGCUUACGCGAAGCUCCUCCAGAAUCUGCACACGCUUGGGUCGCCACAAGCUCAUCUGCGUAUGGCAAAAGCGAAAGCCGGACCAGUUGUGAGCGAUAACGGCAAUUUCAUUAUCGAUGCGCCUUUCACGGAGGAGUACUACAAGGACCCGUACGGAUUGCUUGCGAAGAUCAAGAUGCUGACUGGUGUGGUUGAGGUCGGGAUCUUCUGCCAUAUGAUCAAGGCAGCGUAUUUCGGAAAUCAGGAUGGAAGCGUUACCGUGAGAUGGGAUAAUGGAAAGAUCGAGCAGGUCAUCGAUUCCAGUGCUAUCGCAUAG